AUGGGGUUGCUCCGGCGGCUUCUGCCGUUUCGUUCUACAACAUCAAUCAGCGACGGUGGUUCCACAAUAACAGCGUUGGUGGUGGCAGGGGUUGAUCUGGCGGCUUCUGCUGCUACAUUCCUUGUUGUUCUGACGAGCUUGACGAGAGGGAGGGCAGCAAGGCGAUGGUUGGAACUUGAGCUUGUUCCAAUUCAGCAGAAAAAAAGGAGAUUAGAGAUAGUGGUUGUUCUCGGAAGGGAAAAGAACAACGGAGGAAGGGAGAGGGAGGUGGCACCGGUGAUAAUCGGUGUUUCUUGGUGGCCGGAAAAUAGCUCCACCUCCGAUGGAGUUCUCUUGCUCGAAAAUGAAGAAGAAGGAGGAGGGAUAAUCCACCUCCUUUAA